AUGGAGCCGUCUAGUAGUAGUGCGUGCAAUUCACCAAGUGCCACUCCAUUCACCGAUUAUGGCGCGGACCCGAACUCGAAAAAACGGAUUGCUAGGGUACAUAAGAAAAACACUCGAGGGGAGACGCCACUCCACCUGGCAGCUCGCAAGGGUGACACUGAAGCCUGCUCGCGUAUGCUUGAUGAGGCAACGGAGGCGGAUUGGGUCAACGUAGCCGAUUAUGCCGGAUGGACCGCCCUCCAUGAAGCCUGUGUACAAAGCCGCUUCGAAACGGCUGAAAUGUUGAUACGACGAGGGGCGAAUGUAAAUCAAUCUUCACUCGAGGAAUUGACGACCCCACUUCACGAUGCAGCCGGAUCUGGCCACACCUCGAUCGUGUGGCUGCUAUUGAAAAAUGGGGCCGAGCGCAACGUCCAGGAUUCGAGGGGUAAACUGCCGAUACAUUUGGCCCGCGAGGGGUCUCUCGUCGAAAAAAUGCUGCGAAGUGCCGAACUGCCGGCCACCUGUCCCAAAGACGAGUCCCGACUUGUUGAAGAAGAUGAAGGUAAUAACGUUGAGACUCUCAAGGAUUACACGUGCACAGAUACAAGUGACGCCCCUGCUGAACCGAGCUGCAUGGAAAAUGUAUUUCCACUCAGCAUGCCGCGGGUAGAGCCAGGCCAAGCUUUUGCCCCCACUGCAUCGACAGUGACGGGAUCGAUCACCCAGGCUGAUGUGCCCAUUAUCCCCAUGGAGAAUCUUCACGCCUCGAUGACGGCGCCCCCUCAGCCAGCGCAAGUUGCCGCACCGGCUCCAAUGCCGCAAAAACCGUUCCCAUCAUUGAUCGCUGCCGAAUAUGACGAUGAUGACGAAGAGGAAAGCCGUCUGCUGAUCGAAGAAAAUGAUGAGGACGAGAAGGAGAUGGCUGAGACGGCAACUGCUGCAGAUGGUGGUGAGGAGCAGCAGAUCAAUAUGGACAUGGAGGACCGGCCAGAGACGGGAAUGAGCAAACAAAGCGCCGAUCCGGGGGAUGAAAGUCGAAUGGAGGAGCCGGAGCAAAUGGAUACCGCAGAAAGCGACCGAGUCAAAGAGAAGAAACUCCAUCGGGUCGCCCGGCAAAAGGCCUCUCGUACAUCGACACCGGUGCCCGGCUCCAGUUCGAAGGAUGGAGAGCGCAAGCGUGGCACAGGAAGAGGCCGAGGCAGGGGUGGUAGGAGAAGCGCUCGAGGAGGAUCGUGUGCCUCAUCUCCGCGAGCUUCUAGGGGCGGCGAACAGGACAUUUACGAGUUCAAGGAUAGUCCGGAAAGUCAAGAGGAUCCGCGUGAUCGCGAAUCUUCUGCCCCUCCAACCUGGAAACGAAUGCGGCUUGACGACGAAGCGAGUGGCGGAAGUAACGGCAGCGGCUCUUCCCCGACACAUAACAAUGGUCAACAAGUGCCGGUACUGCGAAUCACACUGAAUAAAGGCUCGGAUGACGAGGCCACAAAUGAUGCGCCCGAGACUCAGUACCUAAUGACGAAUAGGAAUCGCGUGCAAAGUUUGCGAGGCGGGAAGACGGGCUACAAGCGCACCGCGCCAUCUACGCGAGAAGGGACACCGGCCAUUGAUGAAGAAAGUCAAAGCCGGAUGACGAGGAGCCGGAUUCGACAAUCCGGCAAAACGAUCGAGGAGCCGGAUUAUUGGGGGAAAUCUAAAAAGAAACGAAAUGGUGGCGCUGAUGGGAAGGAGGACGAAGAUGAAGCCGAAAAUGAGGAAGAAAAAGAAGCGAGACGUGCCCUAGGCCCCGAUUAUCUGGCUGAACGUGAGGAAAACCUUGGAAUCAAGGCAAUGCUCUACGAUUCCACCAAAAGCCGGAUCUUCAUGAAGGAACAGCUUGUAUCUCGCUGGAUUGAUGAUUCCAAUUUGGACACGGCACGCACUUUAGCCGCAGAUAACACGAUGCCACCGAACUAUCCCCAAUACAUGCUGGCCACAAAUGACCGUCAGACGGAUAUCACUUGGUACAAAAAGCAGUGCGAGAAUCAUCCGCUGGUAAAAACGCUAGACGAGCCGCUGAUGAAGCUCUGGCAGAUGCAGCAGGAAGAGAGAAACGACCUUCUCGCUAAAAUAGUAUGGGAAUUGGCGCGAAGCCAAAUGCAUUAUGAAAGGGAAUAUCUUCGCCAUUAUCGGAGGAUGGUAUGCGGGCCGACGAGAAUGACGAUGUGCCGGAUGCUGCGUGAUCUUGAAGUGAACAAUACAAUGACUCUGUGCCAGCCCGGUCACCCUGAAGACGAGCCCUGCAUGACGAAAGAAGACUACGAGAAAAGAAUUGAAGAACCGAUCCGGGAGAUGUACAAUAGACAUCGGGUCAAUGCCGUCGCCAUUUCGUAUCGCCAGAGAGAGCAGUUCAAGCAAGAAGCCCUCAAAUUCGGCAUCGAUUUGUUGCCGGAAUUGGCUGUGGAGCUGGCGCCGGAAGUACCGACGAGAUUGCUCGAAUUCUACCUAAAUAUAAAAAUGGUGUCGGCCGAAAUCGAACCGACAGCCUACGCCACAAUGAUCCUUCAUUGCGUCAAGUACCCAUCAAAAGGGGUUUCUGGACUCCUUCUUGGAAAGAAAACCGCCGGAAAGUUAGAGAUUUCUUCAGUUGUGCCUCUCGUCCACGAAAGCGCCCCACUUUCCCCGUCACUCGAGGUCGCAUUGACAUUGGUGAGCGCAAAAGAAGAGGUAUCAAUCCUCGGCGUCUACUAUUCCAACCAGAGCUGUCGCGAUAAGGGAUUGAACACACAUGCCGUGAGAUUGGCCGAGAAGAUUGCUGCCGUUACAGAUAAGCCGGCCUAUGUAGCUCAGGUCGUGAAUUGGCAUCUGUCUGCCGAUUGCUCAUCACCAUGCGUGUCGAUGUACACACUUGAUGGAAGCUCCUGGAAGGAUAUGAAGGUCGACGUCGAGCCAUCAGCACUGUCACUCGUGUCAAAUGCCUUGCAACGGAAGGUGUAUCGAGAAUUGGUCGAUUUCGAAAACCACCUCGACAACCCGGAGCUCGACUUCUACAACGCACGCCUAACCCAGAUGCUAGAGGGCCAGCUU